GGCUUCUGGUCAGAGCUCUGCUGAUUCACUCUGAUUCAGCCGACGGCUGCAGCAUGAACCUGCCCGAGGGGUGUCAAGGGGACCGGAACAAGGAAGCCGCCUCGUUAUUUCACCUCUCGAAGUGCGUUCACAAGGAGAUGUCACAACAGUUACAAGGAAGCAGGAACAUGAGACGUUCUGACUCAGCGGGCACGUUGGGAGGAAGCCAUUAGUUCCUGUAAUGUUGUUGGCUCCCCCUCCUUUAGGCCAGUUGGUACAGCCCGUUUGCUCCUUGCCCUCUCACCGUAUACCGUUUGCUCAAACCCAGAAGUUGGCCGGAGGAGCUGGCGGCUGGUAGGUGAUGCUCAGGGGUCUGGCUGCACUGAGGGCCAUGGCGGACAGGAGCAUCCACUCCGGGAACAUCUCCUCCAUCCAUAACGUCCCCGUGCGGGUUCUGAUCCGACCCAUCCCACCGGAGUUGGAGGAGAGCAAGGUGGAGAGCAAGGUGGAGAGCCUGAUGGAGACCAUACAGAAGGACGAGGACCUGGUGCCCCCCAUUGACGUUCUCUGGAUAAAAGGCCGGAACGGGGGCGAUUAUUUCUAUUCGUUCGGCGGGUGUCAUCGCUACGCGGCAUAUCAGAGGUUAAACAGGGAGACCAUUCCCGGCAAAAUCAUCCAGUCCUCUGUCAGCGACCUGCGGACUUACCUGGGAUCCAGCACCCCCGACCUGCAGUAGCCUCCGCCUGGGGCAUUUGGACACCGGAGGAGCCCCGAGACGAGGAGUCACCCCGACGAGUACAAAAUCAGGACCUUCUGCAUUGGAAAGAAUUGUAGGAGUUUGUGCCGUUACUGAAACACGCGUGAGACGUCUGCCUCUGUCUCAAAUAGUAUGCGGCCUCGCCAACAAAACAUGUGGCCCCUAGAAGAGCAAAUGGAGACACAGCAGACACAUUCAAACAGGCCAAGGGACCAAAUCAAGUCCAAAAGGGGAACUAAAGGGCAUAGAAAGCUUGGGGCCGAAGGGUAAUGUAAGAAAACGCUACUUUACAGAAAGGGAAGUAGAUCCCUGGAAUAGACUUCCAGUAGAAGUGGUACAAACAGCGAAGGCACUCAAUCAGGCCUGGGAUGUGCAUGAGCCGAUUGUUUCCGCCAUCACUGUCUAAACACAGAGCUCUUCCUCGUUGUGCUCGCUCCAUACCGUCUGCCUCUUGAUACGGAAGAGAUUUCUAAACCCCCGCAGAGCACUUCCUCGUUGUGCUCACUCCAUAUCGGAUUAGAUUGUUGAUGAGAUAAUUAUGUUAUAUUUCCUUUAGAAAUCUAUAAAUUCCUAAAAUGAGUUUUGGGCGGAAAUUAUAACUGCAAACGCUGCACACACGCAAACCACACACUGCACACACACAACCCACAUGCUGCACACAUGCAAAGCGCACGCCAACCACACGCUGCACACACACAAACCACACGGACACCACAAAGUCCGUUCAGUUGUAUCUUUAUGGUAUGUUUCCUCCUCGGUCAGCAUGUAUCCGGACGGGAUUCUUCCCCCUCUGUGCCCCGGAGGUUUUGUCUGAAUAAAGUGAGAUUUUGUUCCGUGACAUAA